CCCGGCACUCCACACGUCCCGGACCAACCGAAGACAUGAGCUGCAUCUCGAACGCAAGCGUUGUCGGUGAUAAGCGCCGCUUCCCGCUCCGUGCGAUUGAACGCUUCGGCAUCGCCGAGCCCGAUGUGUCGGUCAAGUGUUGCCAUGCCAUAGCCAUCAGUGGCGAUAUGGACCAAAUGCUUAGAUUUCUACCCACCGCCGUCAUGCGUACCUUCAAUCGCCACCCACGUCUCCGUGCGUUGGUCGUCAAGGACGAGGAGUUCACGGCCGAAGUACAGCCGCCUAUCACGGUGGACGACGUCGCGGCCAAGGAACUGCUGCGUGUACGUGAGAUUUCAGACUCGAACGAGGACGUUGCUGCGUGGAAGAACUGGAGCCAGUUCGUCCAGACGGAGACCCACAUCCCCUUCGACCGAUUUACCCAGUUCAUGUUUUACCUCACGGUAUGGGUCAACAGAUCGGAGAACAAGGCGCGCUUCUUCGUCUUCUCGGACCACAUCAUGUCGGACGGCGACUCCGGUCAGAUCUUCGUCAAUGACACGCUUGAGGACGUCGCGUUGCUGUCCAUCGAAGCAGUUAAACCGGUGAACGAGUUCCCGUUGCGACCGUCGCUCUACGACAUGUGGUUCACUGGGGGGCCAUGGUGGCUGAAACCUCUAGCCAAGACCAUGUUGGCGUUCGUUGGUGGCUCGGCUUUCCUUAAUUUCAUGAAAGUUUUCAAGCCCGUCCUGACCCCGCGUGGGGACCAAAAGGACUUUGGUAUCCCCUUCGAACAGAACAGUACCACGCUGCUCAGCCAGGCUGGUAACCCGACCAACAUGCGCGACACGCUUCGUAAAUGCAAGGAAGAGGGCGUCACCCUUGGUGGGGCUCUGAUCCCGAUGCUGGUGCUGGCCUUUUACCACGCCAGCAAGGUCGACCACAAGCUCAACAGUGUAGAUGAAAACGACGGCCCGUUUCGGUUUGUGGCCGAUAUCUGCUACAACAUGCGCCAACGGGUACCGAAGCCCGCUGAGGAGCGACAGGUGGGUCUGUAUGUGACCAAUACUCCACUCCAGUGGCUCGCUACCGAGGGUGUUAACAUGAAGACAGAAAAGUUCUGGGACUUGGCUCGCACUUCGAAGCAGCAGAUGGCUGCGCAGGGCGAUAAACUCCUGGAGAUGGCCAUGCCGUGCUUUCUAAUGGACCGCAAGCUCAUCAAACCGAAGCUCGGUGAUCUGCUCGGUGAUUUUAAGAUCCCCAGCUCGUGCACGGGAGACGCGACCAUCUCCAACCUCGGGCGCUACAUCUACAAGAAGAAGCACAUUCUGGCCUCUAACGGCGUACUUGAGGUGGAAGACAUGUUCGCCUACUGCGCCAUCCCCUUCGUGGCUACGUCGUCAACUAUUUGGCUCUCGACCGUCAACUCGUUUAACUACUCGCUGGCUCACAAAGUGGACGAGAAGGUUGGCAGCGCGCUAUUUAACGCCUACGUCAAAAUCUGCGAGAACGCCAGCAACAUCAACAAGGACGACACGAUGGAGGACGUACUCAAGCGUCUUGAAAUCCAUGCCUAA